AUGUACACGUCUAAUGGAGCCCUAGCCCAUAUGCCAUUAGGUCCAAUGCACACCUCUCUACCCAACCCGCACAGUCAAGUGGACCCUAACUCACGAGUUGAUCAACUCACACAUAAGGUCGACGAUCAAAACAACCUGAUUGACCAGUUACUUAGGCAAAUCAACUUGGACCAAGGUCCUAACCUUGGAUCCCGUCACGAGGAGAGGAGGACGCUCGAGCAUGCCGGCGAGCGGUUUGAGAGGUCCCAGGCCGGUCAGACAAGGACAAAUAAGCAGGGGAAAGAACGAGAUUGUGCAGACAAGAUGCAGACAGCUGCGAGCCGUACUUUCAGCCGGUCAACGAUUCGUUCGAGACUAGGUCCAAGGGCCAAUGCGCGAGAGAGGUUGGCCCCAUAUUCCAAUAUCCACACUCGCUUGGGCCCGAGAAGAAGUAUCCAUUCAAGACUAGGCUCACAAGGGGCACGAGUUCGUGAACAAUUGCGUGAAGAAAGCAACGACCGAUGCUCGCCAACUCACUCGAGAACCAACUUGCGAUGA